AUGGGUAGUAUGGAAAUAGUGAGAAAGAUUAAAAAUUCACGUGCUAUGCAUCCUGGUUUUUCUGCACCGUUAGUUUCACAAGGAAAAUCUAACUUUUCCUGUAUGCAGCUACAUUCAGAAGAUAGCAAUGGUCAGUUUGAAAUUGUCUUGGGAUACACUGAAACUGGUAGAGCAGCAAAUAACCUAACAAUUACACAUGAAGUAUUAUUACGACAUGUUGGGUCUGGAUCGCAUGUACACAUCAGUUUGUCUAAGAAUGGAGAAAAUGUUUUUAUUGCAUCUGGUGAACCGAAUAGUUGCGAGCGGUUAAUGUCUAAGUCACGGAAUUCAUCAUUCAUUUGUUGGGGGGUAGAAUGCAAAGAGUUAACUGUAAGAGCUUGUUGCCCUCCUGGAGCUCCAGAUGGUGUAGUAACCAAUUUUGAAAUUAAAACACUUGAUGGAUCUACAAACCCACACCUGGGUCUUGCUUCUAUAAUUAUUGCUGGCAUCGAUGGAUUGCGAAGAAAAUUACCAAUUCAGAAACCAGUAGGUGAGCUACAUCGUCUGAUUCUUACACUUUCACGAAUAAGUUUUGCUCUGCCGUUUUUUGUGUUCUCGGAUCACCAAAAUAUGUCUAUCAGAGCUAGAGUCUUAUGUCUUCGAUUGGAACAACGAUAA